GGUGAGGAGAUCACACCAGGACUCUUCAUAUAAGAACCUAAUGAACAGUUGGCAAACAACUCAGACUUAACCCUGAGACAAAGAGAAAAACCUCCUCAGACCGUUACCUCGAUGCUGCAUGAAGGUGGAGUUAUUUGGGGGUAGAGAGAGAAAGAGAGAGAGAAAGAGAGAGAGAGAGAUGAGGAGAGUGAGAGAGGAGCAGAGCAACAGAACAAGACGGAUGGAUUAUCUGACAUGCGCCUGGAUUGACCAGCGUUCCUCUUUAAGUCUUGAUUCCUGUUUUUCCUCCUCAGAGGGAAAUCUGAAAAUGCUUUCCUGCACAUGUGGAGUGUAGCAGCUAUUGGACAGGUAGAUUUUGUGAUGCACCUUUUUUAAUUUCAACUGGAACUAAGGAAUUUCACACAUGGCAAACUUUCUAACUGGAUAUCAGUGAACUUCAUAUUUGUUCUUUUCUUUUCUUUUGUUCUUAAAUUGAACAACUACCUGGAAAUAUUAGGGACACACUGGAGCAGCCAAGAACAAUAGUCAAACUUUCACAAAGACUUUAGAAGGAACAAAAGAAGAUACGUGUAAAAAACAGGUUUUGUUGCUGGAAUACUAGUUACUAGAAAAUAGUAAUUGGUGUGUAGUUUUUUUUUUAUAUGUAAUCUUUGUUCAUUUUUUUUUUUCCAAAACAGACUUUCUGAUCAUCAGCCUAAAGCAGUGGAAAAGAGAACUCUUGAGAAUAUCAGCUUGAGACACAGUGACUUGUUGAACAGUCAUUACACUGUCAAACAUUAUUCAGCGGGACAUCUAAGAAUUUCAUCCAGGUGCUAAAUAAUUUGGAUUCUGCAGGAGAACCAUCUCGCCCAGUCUGUGGAGGGCUCUCCUCCCUGCCCUCCCAGCCUAUUCUCGCCCCCAGCAGCAUGUCCCAGGCUCUGAGGUUGCCUCUAGUCCUCCACAUAGCACACUACCAUGAUCAGAUGGGCUGCUGGAGGGAGUAAGGCUGCCUCUGCCUCGUACUGCUCCAGGGCUGGGUUUGGGGCUCUUUUUGGAAGUGAAACCAGCUCCAGACUAAGGCCAUCAUCAACACUGCUUUCCUCCCUGUCUUUGCCUCUCCUGCUUGUCCUGGUUUUCUUUUCCUUCUCCCUACCCGAGGCGGCCUGCCAUCAGCUCCGCAGAGACAGACUGAGGCUCGCCAACCCACGGACUCUCAGGGUUCCACUGAACAUUUCUGAGACUGAAGUCUUCUUAAGGCCCAGGGCCACUGGGGUCCCCCUGGGUCGGACUGGGGGGCCGCAGGGUAGGCAUGUGCGCAGCUACAAUCAUCUCCAAGGGGACAUGCGGAGGAGGAAGCUCUUCUCUUUCCAGAAGUUUUUCCUGAGGAUUGAUAAGAACGGAAAGGUCAAUGGAACCAAGAGUAAGGAUGACCCCCUCAGUAUUCUGGAAAUCACAUCGGUGGACGUGGGAGUGGUGGCCAUUAAAGGGCUAAACAGCAACCACUAUCUGGCUAUCAACAGGAAGGGAGAGCUGUACGGAGCGAGAGAGUUUGGUGUCGACUGCACCCUGAAGGAGCGGAUUGAGGAGAACGGCUACAACACAUAUGCGUCAGCUGAGUGGAGGAACAAGAAGAGGCAGAUGUUUGUGGGUCUGAAUGUCCACGGGAAGCCACUGAGAGGAAAGAAAACCCGCAGGAAGAACACUGCCACCCACUUCCUUCCAAUUAUGGUGUGAACUGGAGGACUCAACUGGAGAAGGAGGAUAUGCAGCACUGGACAGAGAGGUUCUCAAUACUGAAAAAAACUGUAAAAUAAAGACAUUUAGUGAGAAAUCUCUCAUUUGGAAACAAGGCACUAACACUGUUACACACAAAUAGGGUCUCUGCUCCUGACUUUGACUGAGAUCAUGAAUUUGAUUUAGUGGGAGAAGGCGAUAUCUGUGUUUUUUGUGGCACAGGAUGAAAUAUUUAUCCUUUUUUCUGUGCCAAACAGUUUGCAACUGGAGGAUUUGUGUAAUGUGGACAACACAGAAGAUACUGUCCCAGCUAAUGUACUGCGGUAGAUGCAGAAAAUGUUAUUUAUAAUCCAUAUUCUCCUCUGAGACACCAGAUAAUCUGCAACAUAAAGGUGAGCAAUAGAAAUGGAUAAGAUGAGGGAAAUGAUUGGUCAGUUUAUCAUGACAGCAUUAAAUAAUAGAGAAUACAACACAUUUAAAGCAAAUGCUUGAUACUUAACCACUGUGUUUUGACUGUAUUGUAAUGAUUUAUUUAUUUUGUGAAAUAUUUAACUGGAGGGGAACACUUACAAGGCAAGCAUUCCUUUGCAUUCUUUACUUUUUAUAGGAACUCUCUUAUGUGAAAAUAAAAUACCACUUUCUCCUCUGCAAUGCUGUCGUCUUACUCCCUCAAUUUACAAAAAAAUGACUUUCCCACUGGGGAACUGCAAGUAGUGAGAAACCCUGGUGAACGUUCAGGUCACGGUAAGUCUAUGCUUAUCUGGCCUUUUGAGGUAGGAAGGGACAAAAGGCAACCAUUAAUGCCUAGCCAGAUAUUCCAUGUGGCAACCAUUGCACUAAUGAUUAGUUCCCUAACAAACGGGAAACAUACAGGCCGACCACAACAAAAUGGGAGGGAGGUAACUUCCGUGGCAUGGCCUGUAGAUGCUGACAUCAUUUCCUAAUAUCACCCCAUUACUCUAGAGCUGCAACAUUCCCAGAUAGCAGGAGGGCUCGAAUAGUAAAGUUGCUGAUAAUACCGGCAGAAAAUAUGAACGUUGUCGUGUUGCAUCACU